ACUCAUGAUUCCCAAACUUUCCACAGCACUUGAAGUAUCCACUCCUGUGCUUCUCGGCGUGAUUGACACUUUCUCGGGUUGCUUUGUGCGUGGAUACCGAGUGGCUCACUGCUGCAAACUGCUCUGAACAGAAGAGAAAACCCAAUCCACAUUAACAGCUCCUCUCCCAGACCAAAGCACGUUUGUAAAAAAAAAAGAAAAAGAAAAGAAAAGAAAAGUGCCAAACAGCCACGUAACGACAGAGCAUUAUGUUAGCUUCAGGCUAGCCAGUGCUAGCUAGUUGAGCAGCGGUCAGUGCAUGGCUACGCAGAGACCAGUCCUGACUCUCUCCCUCGCAGACUCUUGUCAUGGGGAGUAAAAUGUCCUUCAGCAGAGGAAGCAGUGACCAAAAUACAGUCUCUGAGUUAACUUCUGUGGCAUCGCAUCCUUGCAAUUCCGUUCAUGCCCCUUCGGACUGCAAGCAGAUACCUGAAGACAAGAAAUGCAGUGAGGAAGACCUGGAAUCCAGGAGGGGAGAAGAAAUGAAAGCAACAGAACUGACUCAACCUGUACCUGAGUCCCACUCAUCGGGGCACACGGAGUCUGAUGGCCUUGUUGGCUCUGAAUCAGUAGGCGGAACAAACUGUCAACACAGUGAGCGCAUAUCGCCGCAGGUUGGAAUGGAAGCAAAGUCCAAAAUGGCAUCUGCGAGCAUGUGCAGCUCUACAACAGACAGUCACGGACAGCCUGUGGAGGGCCGCAGAAAACGUGGGCGCCCUCGUAAAACAAAACAGUUGUUGACUGUAGACACAAUAGAUCCAGAGUCUGCAGCUCUUGACGCAGUUCAGCAUGAGGAGAUCAGCACGACAAUACCUUUGCCAAUAUGCUUGGUGAACCACAACAGUGACCAUGUGCCUAAUGCUGUAGACAGUCCCUUAAUCAAUAAGUCACCUCAUAAUGAGAUGUCUAGUCCUCAUACUGUCUCUGAUGGUAAAGUAGAAGUUGGUGACCCUGUGCUGCCAAAAAGAAAAAGAGGAAGACCAAGAAAAAAAGAAAUCAAAGCUUUUAACACUACAGAUGCUACGGCUGCUGUCAGCGCUCCCGCUGCUUCCACUAAUGCUAAUAAUGUUAGUGGUCCUACACGGAGACUGAGGAGUAGAGGAGAACACCCUGUGGAUCUGGAUGGAAAGACUGAUAGCCAGAUAGACCUCAAGCAAACUGAAAAAACUCCUACAGAAAGUAGCGACAUAUUGAACUUUCAAGGUGUUAAAAGAAGAAGGGCCAAACUGGCCGAUCAGCAGGUUCCAGCUAAAGUGUCCAGACUGGAUGUUUCCCAGGAGGCCUUUUCAGUGUUGAGCAAUGACACAGGCUCUGGGGAGAGAGCUAAGGGAGAUAAGCUGGGAGAACUGAACACUGACAAACAAGAGACUGAUACAGAUGGAAAGGGUGAUCAGCUGUCCCUGCUGCCUGCAGAGGGACAAGAGCAGCAGGCAAAACUGAAGGAAGGUGCUUUACUAGAAAGAAAACAGCUUUCCCAGCCAGCAGCUGAGCCUGAAGUUAUUCCUUCAGAGGGUUUGAACAGUCUGAACGUGGUAUGCCCUACUCAGAGUGAUGACCCUAAGAUAGAACAGUCAGCUGACAUGAAUGGCAGCGAGGAGUCCCAAUCAAAAAACAAUCUUGAACCUCCAAAUAACACACACUUGCCAAAUGCAGAGCCCUCUAACACAGAUGUCGUAACAUCCUCUGAACAACCACCUAAACCUGUUUUAGUCCUCCCUGCUGUGAAAGCUGAGAAUAUAGAGAUAGAGCUGGACCAUUUAAAUCCUGUUUCUGAGUCAAAUAAUACAUCUUUACAAUACAGUGUUAGAUCUGAGGGUCCAAACAGUGAGCGAAACACUUUCAGACGCAAGAGAGGAGGCAAGAGAAGGAGGAGACUAAGUAAUGUUUUGUUACAGAAAGCUCAUCUUGCAGAGGGCCAUGAAGGCAGUGACGACGCUCAACAAAAAACAGAGUGUGAUGACGUGAAGAAGGAGGAUAGCCUAAGUGAUGCAAAUGUCAUCUACACGAAAAAAGGGGGAAAAACUCUGUUGAAAUGUGGUUACUGCGGUCAAAUAUUUAAAUUUCUGUCUCAGUUCAUCAUCCAUCAACGAGUUCAUACAGGAGAAAGGCCUUUCAAAUGCCCUGAAUGCGGCAAGGGUUUUAGCAAAAAUUCAAACUUGAAUCUUCAUCUCAAGACGCACAGAAAGAACAACAUGUAUCAAAAAUGCCCAUUUUGCAAGAUCAAAUUCUCUUGCUCCGAAUACGCCUCUCAUAUGAAGACGCAUGCACAUGUGACAGACCAGGACUCUGAGAACAACAAAUCUGAAAAGCGGAGCAAAGGAAACGACCACGAAAACGGCCCUGAACUUCAUAGACCAGUUUCCCCAGAAAAGAGGGAAAGAAAAGUGUGCCAGUACUGCGGUAAAACGUUCCCGUUUCAGUCUGCCCUCAUAAGACAUGUGCGUGUCCACACCGGAGAGAAGCCUUAUAAAUGUGAUAUAUGUGGCAAAGCUUUCGGUCAGGCCUACUUCCUCCGCGUUCACGAGUUGACACACUGGUCCGUGAAGCGUUACAACUGCACACGUUGUGAAAAAUCAUUCACUCAUUAUAGCAAUGCAAAAAAUCACACCUGCAGACCAUCGGGAAGCGGGGACGAUUUACAACCCAACAGACGGGUUAGGCCUUCACUGACGUACACGUGCCACAUCUGCAAGAAUGUUUUUGAUCAUCUGCAGGAGUUCAACAGCCACAUGAAAGCACACACCGGUGCAAAGCUGUAUCGCUGCUUGUAUUGUGACAAGCUGUUUGGUGUGCUGUCUGAAUUCAGCUCCCAUCGCACGCAGUGCAGAGGAGAGGGAAACGCCUCCAGCUCUGCCACAAAAGAGUCAAUGUCAUUAAUACAGUACUCAGUGCCUGCACUUAGGUGUUCAUCCGGACAGAACUCAGCUUCUCCUCUCACGGCUGCAAAUUGCGAAACACAGAAAAAACGUCCCAAACCGGCCGCAAGAAACGCUUUGCUUGCUUAAAGAAACCAUUCCAGUCGACAGUCAUACCGGCUCACCCCCUCUCACACCUCGUGUCAAAGUUAAACAAACUAGAUAAUCGUUCAGACCCCAGGAAAUAUUUAUGUCCAAGCUGCGGGCGACUGUUCAGACACAUGGGCAGG